AGGAAGAAAUGAAGGGACAUUAGCGUUGACUUUUUAAAUUUUUUUGCUGAACUUUGAGAAUCUGCAGAAGCAAAAACCAAAUACAGAUUGAUAGAUAGACGCAAUAGCCAAAGAAACACACAGAGAGGCGAGAGCCAACGAGAUUUUGACUUUUCUGUUUGCUGAAACAAAUGGCUCAGAACGAACACUCGGCGCCGCCGGCUUCUGCAACAGUGCCUUCGGUAUUGGAACCUUCCAAAUCGACGGUUCCUUCUUCUUCUUCUUCUUCUUCUCUUUCUUCUCUCCCUACCAUCACUCUCCCACCGCGUUCCUCCUUUGAUACGAUCUUCAACGGUGGCGGUGGUGGGCCGGGGCUUGCUGGGCUCGACUUCAGCCCAGGACCCAUGACCCUCGUCUCCAGUUUCUUCUCCGACACCGACGACUGCAGGUCCUUCUCUCAGCUCCUCGCCGGUGCCAUGGCACCUCCUGCGGAUAUUCCCUCCCGCCGCCUCCCCAGCGUCCCCGCGCCGGAGGAAUCAAAUUCCCGCGCGCGAGAUGACGAUUUUAGGUUCGGCCAGAAUCGACCUCCGGGUUUGGCGUUUUCUCAGCCGCCGAUUUUUACUGUUCCUCCGGGGACGAGCUCCGCCGGCUUUCUAGACUCGCCGGGGCUGUUCUCUCCGGGUCAGGGACCCUUUGGAACGACACAACAGCAGGCUCUGGCACAGGUCGCAUCUCAGAUUGCACAAAUCCAAUCCCAUUUGCGUAUCCAAUCAGAUUAUUCAUCUUCAUUAUCAACUGCAACUACUACAUCAUUAUCAACACAGCUUCCACCCUUUACUACUGAUACAACUGCUCAUCAGCAGGCGCCACCUUCAAUACCUGACUCUGAUGUUACAGUAAAUGAAUCUUCUGAUUUCUCCCAACCUUGUUCAUUUGUUGUUGAUAAGGUUGACGAGGAUGGCUACAACUGGCGGAAAUAUGGGCAGAAACAGGUGAAAGGUAGUGAAUUUCCUCGAAGCUAUUACAAAUGCACCCAUCCAAAGUGUCCUGUCAAGAAAAAGGUUGAGCGCUCUCUUGAUGGCCAAAUCACCGAGAUCAUUUACAAGGGCCAGCACAACCAUCAACUGCCCCAAAACAAUAAGCGAGGAAAGGACACUGGAAAUUCUAUGGCUCCUUAUUCAAUGUCUAAGAAAGAUCACGAAUCUAGCCAAGCUACACCUGAACACUUGUUUGGGACAAGUGACAACGAGGAAGUGGGUGAUGCUGAAACUGGAGUAGAUGAAAAAGAUGAAGAUGAACCUGACCCAAAGAGACGAAGUACAGAGUUCAAGGUUUCAGAGCCAGCCAUUUCACACAGGACUCUUGCAGAGCCUAGAAUCGUGGUGCAGACAACUAGUGAAGUGGAUCUUUUGGAUGACGGAUAUAGAUGGAGAAAAUAUGGACAGAAGGUUGUAAAAGGCAACCCUUAUCCAAGGAGCUAUUAUAAAUGCACAACCCCAGGAUGCAAUGUCCGUAAGCACGUCGAGAGGGCUUCAACAGAUCCUAAAGCUGUUAUUACAACAUAUGAGGGAAAACAUAAUCAUGACGUACCAGUUGCUAAAACUAGCAGCCAUAACACAGUGAAAAACAUAGCAUCACAGCAAAAACCAAACAAUGCAGUAGCUGAGAAGCAUGCCUUAACAAACAUGAUGAAUCUUGGGAACAAUAAUCAACAAUCUGUUGCUCGUUUACGAUUAAAAGAAGAGCAGAUAGCAUAGUUUCUCGGUUGUGAAUCUGAAGGCCAGUUGGUAACCAAUAGCAUGAUGAUCAUUAGAUCCGUUUCUGGCCAUAGGUGACAGUCGGCAGGAGAGGCUCCGGCAUCAGUAUGUAAGGGCGAAGUCAUCUCGAGUGUAUCCAACCGCCAUAUACAGUAGAAUGGAAAUUAAUGAAAAGAAGAUGGAGAAGUCAGUUGAAGACAGGUUGCUUGGAUUAAGACUCUGAUUCUUGUUGUAUGUAAACUAGUGUAAGAAGCAAUAUUUCAUUAGAUUCUCUGCAUUCUUUUGUACAUGGAAAUAUGAGUGUUUUAGAUUUAAAGUUACAGUAUUUAUAUGCUGGUGUGUAAUGAUACCAUUUAUUAUAGAAUUCAUUACAGUUCUAAAAAAAGAGUCAAAAUACAAAAA